AUGGGAAUAUUCACGUCUGCCAGAAACCCGUUGCCUAUUCUUGCGGAUCAACUUGACAGACAGAUAAUGAGCGUGAUAGAAGUAAAACGAUCUUCCACUGAGGAAAUUGACGUUGAAGAGACUGAAAUUGAGACCUUUGAGUUUAAACAACUGAGUAAAGACAUUGCCAAAGUAAAGAUCGCUAGUAAAGAAUUUGAUCCGAAAGAAUUUCCAUCUCGCGUAUCACUACUCGCGUUAUCGAAUACAUAUGGUUAUUUUGUUGCUGCUUCCACGGAAGGGUUUAUCUUCUCGACGACGAAAAAUUUGAGAAGCGCCUUCAUCGAUGCUACAGGACCGCAAUCAGCGAAGAGAUCAGAAAGGCCUCACAUACAGCAGACUGUUCAUGUUAAAAUAAAAGAUGGAAAGAUACGCUGUCUACGAUUGUCCUUUGAUCAAUUAACUAUAUGUGUUGCAGUAUCGAACGCUGCGAAUGCUGGUGGAGGACGUCUUUUACUUUACGAUGCAGCGGCUUUAUCUCGCGCUUGCAAGGACGUUGGCCCGUACCAAGAAAUUUCCCUAGAUUCAGACAUCGUUGAGAUUAGACCAAAUACCGGUGACAAACCAAAUAUUAUAGCCGUUCUGUUAAUAACUGGGAGCGUGAAGAUUAUCGGCUUUGAAUCUAAUAGUUCAAAAGUUAUCUCGGAGAUUAAGGGAGACGUAAGUUCAAUUUGCUGGUCUCCGAAGGGAAAGCAGAUUGCGUGUGGAACGUAUUCUGGGAAGAUAAUACAAUACACGCAAGACGCAAUAGCCAAAGUCAUAUACCCACCACCGCCUAAACUACCGGAAAACCAAUCAAUGAAAGUGUUGAAUUUAUUCUGGUUGGAAACUUUCCUUUUUGUGGUAGCAUAUUAUCCUGUGGUACAAGAUGAAAAUGCGGAAGCGAUAUCAUACGUCAUACAGCGAGAAUCAGACAGAGCUAAAUACCACAAGAUACCGGCACUAUGUCUUCCAGUCUUUGCAACAGAACGUGGACCUAACUUCUACAUAGAAGUAUUUAGGGGAUGGGAUAGUAAAAGUCCAUUCAUCUUAGUAUGCGCAAACACACAAUCUUCCGAAAUCGAACUGGCUGCAUUCAAUAACAAUCGUUGGACAAAAUGGUUUAUCGAAAUUGAAACAUCCCGAGCAUCACUACCAAUAUCAGAUCUCCCAAACAAUGACGAAGAUACUCAUAUCGUCGGAAUGACUCUUGAUUUCACUGAUACUGAUGAAUGGAUGAUAAAACUAGACGAAGAUUCGACUUCAUCCGUACCUCCUGCCCCAAUACUAUAUAUUCUCAAUGACGAAGACGAUGUAAUAGCUUAUAGGUGUUUUAAUAGGGAAGCAUUUGUUGAAAACGUAUCGUAUUCACAAAUGGCGAAAGUGCAGCAGCUGCCAGAAGUCGGACCAUCAAACAAGAAAGUCGAGCAAGGGGAGUACAGUUCCGUUGUACAACAUGACUAUAAGAUUGACAAAACAAACCAGCCAACGCUUCCACCAGAAACUCCCAAGGCACAAGUUAUUCCACCCCCCCAGAUUCGACAUGUUGAACAGAAGAAGAGUUCGCCAUAUUAUGAACCCGCCAUGGGACUGGCCCACUCGAUAGACGUAAUCCUUAAGAAACAAGAAAUUACUCAGAGGCAUUUUAAAGACAGGAAGAGGGCUGCUGCUGAUCGUUUCUCUCGACCUGAAUAUGCUAGCGCAGAAGAUUUAAAUUGUUACGAUUUGCGCAAGAUUGAGAAAUUACAGGAUAAAUUUAAACAUCAAUUAGAGAUAUUGGAUGCAAACUCUAAACAUUUGAAGCAAGAAGUGGCCAAAAUACGCACGUCUGUUUACAAAGGCAGGACCACGUCAGAAAUGAUUGAACUUUUUCGAGAAGCUAUGGAAAGACCCGCUACUGGAAGACUCGGUAUAAUCCAAGCACGCGUCAAAGGCCAGUUAGAAAAAAGUGUAAGAGUAUUGGGCGAAAAUAUUCAAUUGCUGGAAACUCAAUUAUCGGCUUUGAAAAAGCAAAUUUCGGAGCGCAAGGGUAAAAAGAUAUUAACGCCUCAGCCACUGGAAUUUGUCGACCGUUCAAUUCGUAAUAUUAGCAAGACUAUAUCAGUAAACUCUUGUGCAAUCGAUCGUUUAAUAGAGGAGAUGGAACAGCUUGCAAUCUCGUCUAAUUCUGCCAAACCAACCUCUUCAAGCGUGACCCACCAUAAAUUGCGAGGCAAGAAACGGGAAAUGUCGACACCCGAUAACAUUUAUUUUCCUAAUUCAGCGGCGGCAUCAGUGGCAGCAUUUGUAACGCGCGAAUACAAAUCUGAUAAGUUACGUAAUGUAUUUGAAACACAAAGAAUUCAGCCGGUGCUGACGAAAAUUAACCGUGAAAUUUUCGAGACACGAACCUCAAGUGGAGUACAUAUUUCACCAAUCCGCACGCCUCCUAAAAGAACUCUAACGCAACAACAGAGAACGUCAUCUGCUAGGCCUAGAACUCGAUAUGAUCAGCGACGGAACGUGGGAUUAAGCUGGAAUAAAAAGAUGGAGGAAUUUAUUAAGAAAGAUGCGCAAAUAUUGAAUGAAGAGGAAGCAGAAGACAGUGAAGAGUUCUAUUACGAAGACGAAGAAGAGGAAGAGGAAGAACUGACAGAGGAAGAAGUGUCGGAAGGGGUGGAGGAAGAUGUGGUAAAAGUGUUGGAGGAAGAAGUGUCGGAAGUGGUUAAGGAAAGGGUGGAAGCGGUGGAAAGGGUAGAGGAAGAAGUGGUAAAAGUGGUGGAGGAAAAAGUGGUGGGCCUGGUGGAGGAAGAAGUGGUGGAGGAAGUGGAGGAAGAAGUGGUGGAGGAAGUGGAGGAGGAAGUGGUGAAGGAAGUGGUGAAGGAAGUGGUGGAGGAAGCAGUGGGGGAAGCGGUGGGACUGGGGGAGGAAGAAGCGGUGGAGGAAGUGGUGAAGGAAGUGGUGGAGGAAGCAGUGGGGGAAGCGGUAGAGGAAGUGGUGAAGGAAGUGGUGAAGGAAGUGGUGGAGGAAGCAGUGGGGGAAGCGGUGGGACUGGUGGAGGAAGAAGCGGUGGAGGAAGUGGUGGAGGAAGCAGUGGAAGGAAUAGGAUUUGAUGAAGAAGGGGGGAAAUCAAAUACUGAAAUGAGAGUGAAAAUAGGAGUGGGAAGCAUUGAACUGGAAGAGAAAGUAGAAUAUGUAAUAGAUGAAAAAGGUAGAGAGACAGAAGCGAGGGAGGAGGAUGGGGAGGAGAAAGACAAGGAAGAACGGCAACAGCAAGAACGUUCAGAGUCAGAAGAGGUGGAAGUGGAAGAAAGAAUAAGGUUAGAUGAAGAAAAAGGGAAAUCAAAUAGUGAAAUAGGACUGGAAAUAGGAUUAAGUGGCAUUGAACUGGAAGAAAAAGUGGAUUAUAUAACAGAUGAAAAAGCGCAAUCUACAAUUAGUCAGCUUACAUUUGGGCAAUCCAGCUUUGGACAAUCCAGCUUUGGGCAAUCCAGCUUUGGGCAAUCUACUUUCGGACAGUCUGCAAUUAGUCAACCAACAUUUGGACAAUCUACAAUGAGCCAGCCAACCUUUGGGCAAUCCAGCUUUGGGCAAUCUACUUUCGGACAGUCUGCAAUUAGUCAACCAACAUUUGGACAGUCUACAGUCAGUCAACCCACCUUUGGACAGUCUACAACUGCUCCACCUACCUUUGGACAGUCGACAAUUACUCAACCAACUUUUGGGCAAUCUACAACUACUCAACCAGCUUUUGGACAGUCUGCAGUUGGUCAACCAACCUUUGGACAGUCAGCGUUCAGUCAGCCUACCUUUGGACAAUCAGCAUUUAGUCAGCCUACCUUUGGACAAUCAGCAUUUGGUCAGCCUACCUUUGGACAGCCAGCAUUUGGACAACAUGGAUUUGGUCAACCCGUAUUUGGACAACAUGGAUUUGGCCAGAAUCCUACCCUUGCUGCUCAAUCUUUGAAAGCACCAGCAACUGGUGGAUUUGCUAGAUAUACAAGUAAUAGUAAACUUGGAGGCUUCGGUGCGCCCUCGACACCAAGCGAUAAUACAGCGAACGCGCCCCAAGAUUCUCGUUUUACACAAUAUCGGUGA